GGGGCGCGCGGUGCAUUGUGGGCUGGCGGCGGGGUCGGCCCGGCCGCGGGAUGUCGGGCUGCGCGGCGCGGCGGUACGUGGCGGCGGCGCUGGGCCGGUGCCGGGCCCGGGGGCUGCCGCUCUGGGAACCGCCCCCGGCCCGCGGGCUGCGGCCUGUGGGCGCGGGGGGAGCCGCGGUUCUGCCGCCGCUGCUGCUGCCGAGGCGGCACCUCUCGUCGCGAAACCGCGCAGAGGGCAAAGUGCUGGAGCCCGUGGGGGUGUUCGAGGCACCGAAGCAGCAUGGCAAAUACGAGACGGGACAGCUAUUUCUUCACAGUGUGUUUGGCUAUCGAGGAAUAGUCCUGUUUCCAUGGCAAGCCAGGCUUUAUGAUCGAGAUGUGGCCUCUCCUGUCACAGAGAAAAGUGAGAACGCAGCAGGCCAUGGUUCUAAAGAGGUCAAGGGCAAAACGCACACUUACUAUCAGGUGUUAAUAGAUGCCCGGGAUUGUCCACAUAUAUCCCAGAGAUCACAGACAGAAGCAGUGACGUUCCUGGCUAAUCACGAUGACAGCAGAGCCCUCUAUGCCAUACCAGGUUUAGACUAUGUAAGCCACGAAGAUAUUCUUCCCUACAGCUCCACUGAUCAAGUGCCCAUCCAGCAUGAGCUCUUUGAGAGGUUUCUCAUGUACGACCAAACGAAAGUUCCACCUUUUGUAGCCAGGGAUACGCUGUGUGCGUGGCAGGAGAAGAACCACCCCUGGCUCGAGCUCUCCGAUGUGCACCGAGAAACCACCGAGAACAUCCGCGUCACUGUCAUCCCCUUCUAUAUGGGCAUGAGGGAAGCCCAGAAUUCCCAUGUCUACUGGUGGCGCUACUGUAUUCGCUUGGAGAACCUUGACAGCGAAGUUGUACAACUCCGAGAACGGCACUGGAGGAUAUUUAGCCUGUCUGGCACCUUGGAAACGGUCAGGGGCCGCGGCGUUGUAGGAAGGGAGCCAGUUUUAUCCAAAGAACAGCCGGCGUUUCAGUACAGCAGUCACGUCUCCCUGCAGGCAUCCAGUGGCCACAUGUGGGGCACUUUUCGAUUUGAGAGGCCUGAUGGCUCCCACUUUGAUGUCCGAAUCCCACCCUUUUCUCUGGAAAGCAACAAAGAUGAGAAGACCCCCCCAUCCGGCCUUCACUGGUAGAGCAGACCGAGCGCCGAGCCCCAGAGACCUGUGUGUGUUGUAGACCUUUGCCUCCCCAUUAUGCUGCAAACAAGAACACGGAGCUUUUAAACAUUUUAAACCAUUUUUGUUUUAACUGUUGUCUAACGGGGAGGCUUUUUUUGAACUCUAAUACUGGCUCUCUCAGGCUCCUUGUAAACAUAAGCUGUGUUCCAGUUAACCCUUUCCUCAGCUGGGGGAUGUACACCUGUGCUGCUGCAGAAAACCGGCGCCACAGCAGCCCCGGACCCUUCCCAACGUGUUGUGAAUUCUCUGCAAUGUGAGGUUUCUCUAAUAAACUGGCCCUUCCAGUUGCAA